AUGGAUUCCUUUGAUAUUCCUCCUGGCGCAGCUGCUCGUGUUUGCAUCAUUGAUACGACUAUGCGCAUGUAUGGCAUGCCGACUGACCUCCUACUGAGGCCCAGUGUAGGUGGGUUUGAGAAAUUUCCUCCAUUGGGCACAUGGUCAUUUCUAGUCGAGAAUUCAACGGGUCGAAAGGUGCUCUUCGAUCUUGGUUGUCAUUGCGACACAAAGACACGCGCUCCUCUGAUACAGAACCAAAUCACAAUGAUAAACGGUUCACUUGAUGUAAAGGCAAAUGUUGCAGAUAUUAUCAGGGAGCACGGUCUCAAUCCAGACCGGAUCGAGAGUGUUGUAUGGAGUCACUGGCACUUUGAUCAUGUUGGCGACAUGACAACCUUUCCGGCGUCUACAGAGCUUGUUGUUGGGCCCGGGUUUACGAAGGCAUAUUUUCCUGGAUAUCCCACCCACCCAGAUUCUCACAUCCUCGAGAGUUACUCCCAAGAUCGCGAUAUCAGAGAAAUUACAUUUGAAGGACAUAACUCCAUCCAUAUAGGAGCUUUUCGUGCCUUUGACUUUUUUGGCGAUGGAUCGUUUUACUUACUAGACACACCUGGACAUUGCACUGGCCAUUUGUCUGGACUAGCGCGCACUACCACUGAUCCUGACACUUUCAUUUUGAUGGGAGGCGACUUGAGUCACCAUGCAGGUGAAAUGCGGCCCUCUAAAGCUCUGCCCAUCCCCAACGUUCUCAGAUUUGCCUCGACUAGUAAGAGAGCAGCAUCGGCUUUCACUGGGGCUCAGUUCCGAAAAAUGAACACCCAGCGCGGCCGUCAGGAAAAUGAGCCGUUUUUCGAUCCAGUACUUGCGGAUGAUGCGGCGGUAGCAACAGAAACUAUCAAAGGCGCACAAGCCGCGGAUGCUCGAGAUGAUGUGUUUAUGAUUCUUGCACAUGAUAUGACAAUUGAGGGUAUUGUUGAGCUCUUUCCUCAGUCAGCGAAUGAGUGGAAGAAGAAAGGCUGGAAGAAAGAAUCAAUGUGGAGCUUUUUGAUUGAUCUGGCAGCAGAAAUUUCUUAG